CCAGUCAGGCGCGCAUGCGCGAAAACCCCGGAUCAAAGCAAUAACAAUGAACUGGUCUAUAGGCUGUAAUGCUCCUCCGGAUUGUAGCUUGCCAACCACCGUAAAACAGAAGAAGAAGAAGAAGAAGAAGAAGAUCAACAACAACUGUAAACAACAACCGACAUGGCUUCAAAACAGCGUGGUGCGACCUGGGAUGACGCCGAGACUGAGGCUGUUAUUACAAUUUGGGCGGAAGGCGCUAUCCAGGCGAUGUUGGAGGGCGCUAUGCACAAUCAAAAAGUUUAUCAAAAAAUUUCGGACGAAAUGAAGGUGAGGGGAUACGACCAAGACCCGAAACAGUGUCGGGAGAAGAUAAAAAAACUCAGGAUACAGUACAAGAAGGUUAUUGAUCAUAGCAAGAAGUCAGGAAGAGGAAGAACAUCGUGGAGAUUCUAUGAUGCCAUGGAUGAAGUGUUGGGCCACUGUGCAUCGUCGAGGCCUCCAGUGCUUUUGGAGAGCUCUACGCUGAAUACCGCAGCAACGAUGGACGAUGAUGCAACAUCCGACCACGAGGAGCAGCCUGAGAACCUGAACAGCACACAGGCUGAGAUGGAUGAUGAACUGAGUGGGUCAAUAGCUAGUUUUGUUUCUGAGGAGCCAGGAGGAAGUCGUGUUGCUGAAUUUCCUGUUGAUGAGAUUCCUGCUGCUGAGGCUCAUAAAGUAAAUGUUAAAACCAGGAGUAAGAGCAAAUUAGUAAAAGCCCUAGAUAGUACAAUAGAGGCUUUCGUAAAUGCUCAGAGACAUUCUGAUGAACGCUGGUUGGCAGCAUUUAAAGAACAACAGGAGUCGGUCCAACGCAACCAACAACAGCAGCAAGAACAGCACCUAAACCUGAUCUGAGAAAUAGAAAGAAACCGACUUCAAGCUGAAGAGAGAUUGAGAAGACAGGAACAGGAACAUGAGAUGCGACUGAUGCAGAUGAUGAUCCAGCAGUUGUCGCAGCAACCAGCACAACUACAGGCCCUGAACCCUGCAUCGCCUUCUACUUCUUUCCCUAACUUUUCAAACUAUGGACCAUAUCAGUAAUUGUACAAUAUACAACUCAAGUUUUAGAAAUUUACAAUAAAUAUAAUUUUGCAUACAAAAA